AGCGAGGGCUUCUCUAAUGUAAGAUGUGCUUAUGAAUAGCAACCAAAGUCUAAAUGGAUCAUCCAUCCCUGGUCUCCCCUACACAGGUGAUCUAAUGAAAGUCAAUGUACUAAGUUAGUUCUUCUCUGUGAGGAGAGGGGGGGUAGUUUUAUUCUGGAUCAUAUGACUUACAGUUUCACACGUACAAACUUAAGUUCUGUUAUAUCCUCUGAUGUGUCGCCUUAGUUUUGUGUGGUUUAGAUCAUAAAGUAAGCAGGUCGUACUGUCAUUAGGAGCUGGACUGGACAGGACACAUGGGGGGGUUCGGUGUACAGCCAAGGUGACGCUUAUAGCUCAACCUCCACCGUGAACAUCCCUCUCCUCUGGACCAGAGUGCAACCUGCGUGUUUUUAAACCAAAAUGGCGACACAGUGGACGAGAGGAGAAAAGAAGCCACCGUGUGAAGUGCAGGGAAAAACUUGAGGACAUCCAGAGUCGUCGUCCUGAGGUUGAAAGAUGUGGACUGAAUGACUUGACCAUUUUGCAGGGGCGAUAACAGGUGUGUUUUCUUAGAGACGUGAUGGAUAUAGUGCUUCUACGUAGACUGAAAGCAUUGCUACUAUGUCUGAUCUGAAGCCAAAUGCACAAAAGGACAAAGACGUGGAAUCUGUGUCUGUCAGCCCAGGUCGUACUCAGGAGCCAUUGCAGAGUCACACAUUCUCCCUGAAGAACAAUGCUGCAGGUCUGUCCUCAGAUGAACACGAAAACCCUUUAAAUGGAACCCAGCCGAAUCCAUUUGUAUACAGCAGUGUCCCUGCUGUUCCCCAUGCAGGCAAUUCAUUGCCUUCAGGAGCACUUGUUAAUGGACCUGGUUCACACCCCACCUCAGAGGUACACUGUGUCCUGAACAAAGGCACUGUUUUAUCCAACAAUGUCCUGGAUGCCGCGUGGCAAGCGGAGAAGGACACGAGCCCCGAGGUGUUACCACCACCUAGUGAGCUUCAAUCAGACGCUUGGAAGAACACAGCGGGGCCCGUCGUAAAAACACCAGCCACACAGCCAGGUGUCAACACGCCACUGUCUCACUCGGAGGAGAAUGAGUCUAAACUGGCCUAUUCCACACUGUCAGGUGACGGUGCGGAGCAAAUGCACAUUAGCCAACCUUUGACAAAACAGACAAUGAAAACAAGAUCUCGGCGGGAUGCAGAAUGGUCAGAGAGCUCCUCGGAUGAUUAUGAUGAUGCUGAAGUAAUCAGAUGGGAUUCAGCAAGGGAGCGAUUCUUGCACAAUGACAGAAGGCUGGAGACCAAAGUGAUGCACCAAAGAGACAGGAAGCACAAUACACACGUAAAAAGCAUGUCAGGCUCUGCGGAAAAGGUUAACAACAGCUUAAAUCACACACACAGACAUUUCUGUGUCUGCAGCAGUAAUGAUGUUGAAAAUGUUGACUUUGCAGACAAAGAUGAUUCUUUGGGUACACAGUCUGAUAUUAAAUAUUCCAUUGUUCCCCUGAAAGAUCUUUCCAGGAACACAGCUUCAGACUCUGAGCACCUUAUUUAUAGCUCGGCACAGGAAAGCUGUAAUGAGGAAAAUGACCCUGAAGAUGAAGACAGUUUUACUCCCAAAGUAGAACAGUUCACGACAGAACAAGUUGAACAAGAUCCACCUUCCUUUUCAUGCACAAAAUGCAAUGUUAAUUACAAGGAAAAAAGACAUUUCCAUAGACAUAUGAUGUAUCAUUUAGGCAAGAAUAAUCAGGUGAACUGUGAGAAUGUUUCACAGCCCUUUAUAUGCAGAGAGUGUGGGCGUCUGUUCUGUGAUAGCAGCUCUCUCAUGAGGCACAUCAUUAUUCACCAAGACAGACUGGAAAAACUUAUGGAGGAAAUCAAAGGUCUCAAAAACACAGAAUCAGAAGACAGGGGCAGCACAGUGCAUUGCCCUCAGUGUGUGCUUGGCUGUAAUUGCCCUAAAAUCUUAGUCCAGCAUGCCAAAGCACACGAUAAUCUGAAGCAUUACUACUUCUGUGAGGAGUGUAACUACAUUACACUGACCCAGCAGGCACUUGAAGUCCAUUUAAAGUCUGCACAUCUGAACACUAACCAGCCAAGAUUUAAAAGAAUGUCUAAAUCAAAUGAUGAAUUCAAAGUAGACCAUGUUCAGUUUAAGGGAUUCUUCAAAAACAGAAACAAACGUGCAUCUCAUGGAUGCUUUGAGGCUAAAAAGGUUGCCAAAAAACAAAAUGCUGAGUCUAAACCAACCAAAAUCAUAGCAGCCCUUUUCUCUGGUUGUUCAAACCAGAAGAGGGAUAUUAACAUUCAAAAGCUAAAUGACAAAACCAUUUCAUCCUCUAAAUUCAAGUCCUGCAGGAGCAUGCUUCCCCCGUCUUUGUGGAGGGUUGACAGGGAUGGGAAAUUACUCCUACGAUCUGCAGAAAAAUUAGAUGCAGCACCUGGUUUUACCUGUAUGGAUGCUGAAAACAAUAACUGCAAGGCUUUUGGCAGCACAAAGCAGGAGAACUGUCCCGCAAAUGCUGAUUUUUCACUCUCAGCAAAAAGUCUUAAAUUAGACCAGAUGCUUUGUCCGGACAACAAGAAUGACUGCUCAAGCGGGAGUUUGCAAGCGAAAGCAAAGCAAAGUUUUCUAUUAACAAGAAAAACGUUGACACCCUCGUAUAAAACUAUUGACAGUGCGAAUGUUGAUUUAUCACUACGGCUUAGCCAGAGGCACAAGAAACAUACUGCAGAUUGUGAGUUAGAGAAAGGCUGGGAGGGCAGCAGUAACUUCUGGGAUGCUAACAUAGGAACAUGCAGCUUCUUGAAGAGCGGAGAGAAGGAAAAGAACCUGUGUGCUCAGAGGUACUUCAAAAAGAGGCGGAGGUUUCCAGUCCAAGACCAAACCCCCCGUGUGCGCAAGGAUGAAGAUGGUGAAGAUGAAGACUGCAGCGACAUAGAGCAGCUCCUCAUCAAGGAGGAAUGUACAGACACCACAGUGUGGGAUGAGUCCGCCUGCAUGUCUACAAGUGACAGCUCUGAUGUUGUUCCCACACCAGGAGUACGACGCAAGCCCUGUCCGUACUGCCCCGCCAUGUUUGACUCAGGAGUGGGUCUGUCCAAUCAUGUGCGAGGACACCUGCACAGAGUGGGCUUGAGCUACAACGCUCGACACAUGGUGUCCCCAGAGCAGGUGGCAAUGCAGGACCAUCAUCCAACAGUCCGCAGGAGGAACCCGUGUCGUACGGAGAAAAUGAGAAAAGCUGUGAAGGCAGAACCCCGAGGAGAGCACAAAUGUCCCCUGUGCUGGGCUUGGUUUGAUUCUAAGACCGGCCUCUCCAACCACGCGAGAGGACACCUGAAAAGAAUAGGUAGAACUGAAACCAGCACCAUGAAGUCUCCUCUGUCAUUCUUAAAUGAUCUGCUGCAGGACAAACGGGAACAUCCGAACAUCCUCAACAAAAGACAGCUCUCGCCUGGAUCUCAGACGUUAAUCUACAGCAAAGGCCUGGACCUCAUGCACAAGGGUGUUCCUGUAAAAAUCCAACGUGAGAUGAAGAGGCCACAUCUCAUGUCGGACAACUUUAUACCAAAACAGGAGAACACCUACGCAGAAAAGAAUACGCUUCAGGUGGAAGCACAAAGAGGCACAAAGGCCUCCCAAAGCACUUUAGUUAAACUACUCGAGAAGAGAGAGGAAAGAGUGGGAACCAACGAAGAUACCUAUGCAGCCAGAGAGCUCUGUGGUCUGACCAAAGAUUACAAGGUGGAGACAGAGAUGACCAGCGUUGGAACAAAGUGGCUUCAUGAUGAAUGUGAUUCAAAACACAUCUUCAGAAAAUGUGACACCUUCCCGAUGCUUCCUGAUCAUCUCACAGCCUUCGCACACAGACAGAGGACGAGCAUGUUUGAAGGACUCGGCUAUGAUUAUAAACAGAGGAAGCUGAAAUCAAGGCCCGGGCUAAAGAAGAAGAUUUUCUCCUCCUUGAAUGCUGAGAUUUACACGCUCACCUGCAGAUUCUGUGACCUCGUCUUCCAGGGUCCUCUCUCCAUCCAGGAGGAUUGGAUCAAGCAUAUACAGAGACACCUCCUGCACACCAGGGUACCCCACUCAGGGACAGGAAUGGUAGAAGUGCUGGGUCUUCAUCACAAAAUAUCAAUAAGCAUGUCUGGUGAGCACCCAGAGCGUGGCUAGAGUUUUAUGCAUUUAGACUCAGCUGCCUUAGAGUAGUCAUGUUACUGUUCAUACAUAGAAAUAUAUAACAGCAGAAAUGCAUAAGGACAUGGUGUAGAAUCAUAGUAUAUAUUGAUAAAUCUGUAUAUAUUUGAAGAAGUUUGUUGUAGGAUAUUUUCACAUGUUUUUGCCUUAACUCAGCUGAUACAACUUUAAGGACCUUGUAUGUAUUUACAGUUAAUUACAGUGAGACAUACCAGUGCAGAACUGCAGAUAUUAGGGACAAAUUAUUCUGCAAUGUAGGGCAAGAUGAAAAAGUGCCUUGUUUAUAAUGACAAAGUAUUGUUAUAAUGAGAACAUUUCAUUUUAAAAAGAAAAUAAACUCCAAAUCGCUCAAUUUCUUAAAACCAUCUCAUUAUGAAAAGAGACUCUCAGCACCGUACUCUGCUUCAUGAAAAACUUUUGUAGGAACAAGAAAAGUUCAAAGGAGCAUCAGCAUUAAUAUACCAGCAAAAUACAAAAGCCUAAGAAUUGCAAUUAAGUUCAUGUCUCUCUUUCUUUCCGAGCCGACAUAAAACGAUGCUGUGCUCUUGUUAAGCAGCGUUCAUGGGGCUGUCAUUAGUUUGUAGAUUCUUUGAAGGCGUUCACCUCUGUGCUUGUUAUAGAGAGUAUUGGCAUGAUAUUUGACAUGUGUUACCAAAGCAACAAAGUGUUAUCUGAAUCAAAGUGACAUCCUGGGUGUUGCAUUGUGUUGGGACGGUUUGUUCUGAUGUCAUCUUCUGCUUUGUCUCAACCAUCAGUAUAAUUUAUUCAAUAUCGCUUUCAUUAGAGCCGCGAUAGCAAGAUUUGUUAUAAUGGAAAGAAUGUUUUGUGGUUUCAAGAAAAGUUUUCAGUUAAAUAGUACAUUGUUAGAAUUCUUUUCUUUUUGAUUGAGAGUUGUUUAUACAAUAUGUCCAUUACUUUUUCAACUGUGUGAUUAUUUUGCAGAGAAAGUUGAGUAUUUAUACCUGGCAAUUUACCACGCAUUGAGCAAAGAUGACAAUAAGGAAAAUUUAAUUUUGUCCUAUGCGCAAGACACUUUUAUUUUUUUUAAAUAAUUUCCUUUGCCUUUUGGAGCCUUUAUUUAGAGAACAGGAUAGUGGAUAGAGCAGCAAACUGGGAAGAAAAAUAUGUGGAUGACAUGCAACAAAGGGCCACAGAAUGGAAUUGAAUCCUGGCCGCCUGCUUGGAGGAUUAGAGCAUCUGUACAUGGGGUGUGCCAUUUCACCACUGAGCUAAACCAGCACUCAAACUUACAUUUAUUAAUUUAAAUUCAGUAUAAGAGAGAAACAUCUCUGAAACACUAUUUUAUUCCUAGUUAAUCACAAAUAAAGUCUAUUUGUUAUUAGUAAUACCUUUCCAAUGACACUUCUUGUUAGAUAAGCUUUAAGACUAAUUGUAUUUCAGGUUAAUGUGCUAUCUCAAAAUGUUCCUAAUUAUCUAUUUGUAUUCUCUUAAAGUACAGUCUGUUUGAAACUCUGGAGAUCUUACAUAUGUAGAGAUGUAGAGUACCCUUACACACACACUUAUUAUUACAAGUUAUUCAGUUAUUAGAAAUGUGUAUUUUACUACCCCAGUCAGGCUCAAUGAUGUGAGGACUCAGUAUUGAAAGUAUUUUAUUUCAUAUUUUUAGAAAAAUAUUUGAAUAGAAAUGUAUGAUAUAAUAAUAAACUUGCAUGUUCAGAAA